UGUUUGGCGGGGGUCGAUUUUCUGCUAAAUUUGACAGCACUGGAACUUCAAAUCACACUCUGGACAAAUGUGAUGGUUGAUGAAGCUUUCUCGGCAUCUGCAUUACUUAAUUUAAUCGCUCGUUCGCGAUUAAAGUGUAAUUUAACGUGUCGUUUGAAGGGGUGUGCGUCUCUGUCGCCCCCUGCCGGCGCAGCUUCGAUGGAACCCUUCAAAACACUAGAAAUGGCUAUCCAACAAAUUACGCAUGCGCAGUGGAGGGCGCUUUAAAACAAGUCUUGAGGAGGGAACAUGAAGGCAGCUGCAGGUGGACUUUACGUAUAGCCGAGGACAGCAGCCGACGGUUCACAUGGGAAACGAGCGCUGCUGCUGCGGGGGUGAAGCUGCUCCGCCGAGGCGUCGCAGGAUGAGCAGCCCGCCGUAAGCGCCAUGACUCUGAGGUCCACACUGAUCCCCAGCGCAGGAUUCAAGCAGAACCUCGACGCCGUCGACAUCGGGACCUCCUCCGUGAGCCCCGUCAGCUUCAAGAGGGAGUCCCGUGACUUUAUCCUCGAUGUCCACGACGUGAAAGGGGCCGAGAUCCCAGGCAAAUCCAAGGACUUCGACCAGAGUUACAUGAGCAGCAAAGUUGCCCUCGCUGCCACAGUUGCAGAAGUAGUUCCAGGGGAGAGUACAACUGUGGGGAUUUUGUCCCCUGUCAGACCAAUGGGGGGUGAGGGAACCCCGGUGAAAGGUAAACCCCUCUCGAUAGACAAUAUGGAUAACCCUCAGAUGGCCGUGAACAACAGCCCGAAGGAUGCCGACGACAGCGCCAAGGGGGUCGUCCCCGAAGUGCUGGGCACGGCGUCCAUCGAGCUGUCCUCUGAGGGCAAGUGGAGGAACAUCAGGAAGACGCCCGCCAACCCGCACACGCAAGCCAACUGCCUCCGCCAGAUCCUGCUCCUGCAGCUGGACCUCAUCGAGCAGCAGCAGCAGCAGCUCCAGUCCAAGGACAAGGAGAUAGACGAGCUGAAAGCUGACAAAGACACACUGCUGGCGCGCAUCGAGCGGAUGGAGCGGCGUCUCCAGCUCACACGGAAGGACCCGCCCCGAGACAAGCGCCUCUUCCAGCCCCUGGAGCCCUGGACCCCCGACAAGGAGGACAUGUGGGACCUGGACGUGGAGGAGAGUCCGCAGCCCGAGGCGGCCGCUCCGCUGCCCUUCAGCCGCGGCGAGAAAGGACAGAAGAGAAAGUCCUGCUUCGGGGACCCAAAGCUGCAGAAGUCUCGGGCGAAAAUUCCCAAGCCGAGUCCGCAGAAGCCGGACGUGGCGCCGGCGUCCCCCCAUCAGAGGGAGCUGAGGAACAAGGAGGUCCCGGAGGAGGUGCUGCCCCUCCGCCCGCCGCCGGAGAGGGACGGCCUGCUGCCCGCCAAGGAGGAGCCCGAGCUGAUCUGCCAGAUGGAGGACCUGCCCUUCAUGUCCACCACAGAGAUGUACCUGUGCUGCUGGAACCAGCCGCCGCUGUCCCCCCUGCGCGAGACGUCGCCCAAGAAGGAGGAGGAGGUGGCCAUUCCCUCGUGGAAGGAGAACUACAUCGAGCCUCUGAGCGAGGACUCGUCCUUUCACCCCCCUGAGUCCAUGGACGACUCCGUGUUCCUGAAACGCCACCUGAAGCUGGAGCUGGACGAGAAGAGAAGGAAAAGGUGGGAUAUCCAGCGGAUCAGAGAGCAGCGCAUGUUCCAGCGGCUGCAGCAGCGCAUGAACAGGAAGAAGGUGGUUCAGGAGGUGGAGCCCGAGCUGCUGUCCUUCUACCCCGACACCGAAGACGUGGAGACCAUCGUCAUCACGCCGUUCCUGCCCGUGGUGGCGUUCGGCCGGCCGCUGCCGAAGCUGUCACAACAGAACUUCGAGCUGCCGUGGCUGGACGACCGCAGCCGAUGCCGCAUCGAGGUGCCCAAGAAACACACGCCGCACCGGACCUGCCGGAAGUGAAGCCCCUCCCAGAUCGUCUUGAUUCUCUCCGGGAGGCGGGUCGUGGCGCCGGAGCGAGCGGGCGCCUCUCCGGUCCCGCCGUGCAUCACGGCGAGCCGCGGCGUCGGGCCGGCGCCUCCAAACGGGAGGCCGCGCGUCACGCCACGGCGAGAUUCCAGUCCCCGCCCUGCGUCCGGUCGGUCCUGCAGCUCCUCCCCUCCCGCCGUCCGAUUGGCCGACGGCGUCCCGGCGGACCUCUGGUGCUGGAAGAACCGGGGACUCUAAACUUUAGAAGUAAUUUUUGACUGAAAACAGAGCUUGAGAUAUUUUCCAGGAGCAAUACGGAGGCGGGGGAGGGGCGGGGGCGGGGCGGAGGUGUGCCUGUCUCGUGGUGUGUGUCGCCUAUAUCACUGUUAGCGCACAAUAAGAUUUUAUCAAUGUUUCGUGUGAUUCUUAGGAGUUUUGAACCAGCAUGAUUACAUAUAUAUCUAAUUUAAGAAAAGAGAAAUCGUUCUUCUCCAGCCAAUCCGACGUGAAGCGGUCUGUUCUGUGUCAAAGGGCCGUUCAGGCUCCGGUUCCCACCGGUUCCCCGGUUCUGUUCCCCGGAGGGGGCUUGUUCUGUUCAGAGGCUCCGGCUCCCAGCCGAAGGAGAAUCUCUCGCUGUCCGGGAGACUAAAAACCGUUCCUCAUCAUUAUUUUUGGGAUCUGCAGCUCUGCAAUAACAUGUUUGGUUUGAUCGUUCACUCCUGUGUUUCUUAUCUAAACGGCGAGUCGCUGGCAGGGGACGGGACGCGGCGGCGGCGGCCUUUUUGUAGACGAUAGCUGUAGUGGUAGCCGCUCCUCUUCUUUCUUUCUUCCUGGCUGCGUUCGCUCCUCCUCUUUGUACUUCAGAUGCAACAGCUGUUCUGCUUCCUCGGUAAUGAAGCCGCCCGCCCCUCGAGGAGCCCGGGCUUCUUUUGGAAAUACACUUUUUUUUUUUGUUUGUUUUUUUGUACAUAACUUUCAGAAAUGUACAUAUAAAACAUGGCUGUUAUUUUUCUAUUAUUUAAUGUUGGAAGUGUUCAGUACAUUCAAUAUUGUUCUAUGAUUGUAUGUUGACAAAUUGACAGUUUUGAAAGUUAAAUUUUUUUGGAAUAAAAACAAAUUUGUCCACGAUGUGUGGAUGGAG